AUGCGAGCCUGGCAAUACUCGACGGCUACAGGCGGCCUCGAGAAGAAUCUGGUGCUCAACGAGUCGGGCCCCUUGCCCGCACUAUCCCCACGGCUCGGCGAUGCCGAGCUCCUGAUCCAGGUCCUCUCGGCGUCCAUCAACCCGGCCGACUACAAGGUGCCCGAGCUGGGCGCCGUUACGCGCCUCGUGAUCCGCACCCCUGCGACGCCGGGCAUGGACUUUUGCGGCCGUGUUGUGCAGACUACCCGUACCGUUGACGACUUUGCCAUCGGCGACCUGGUCUUUGGCCGCAUCGACGCACAGCAGCAUGGGACUUGCGCCGAGUACAUCGUCGCGCCGACCCGCGCAUGCGCUCACCUUCCCGACGGGGUGUCGGUCGACGAGGCGGCGGCGGUGGGCGUGGCAGGCAUGACUGAAUAUCACGCGAUAGUACCCAACGUCAAGUCGGGGGACAAGGUCUUCAUCAACGGCGGAUCGGGUGGCACCGGCACCUUCGGCAUCCAAAUCGCCAAAGCUCGGGGUUGUCAUGUGACGGUGACAUGCUCUCCCGCCAAGGCCGAUCUGUGUCGCUCGCUUGGGGCCGACGAGAUCAUCGACUAUACCUCAACUGACGUGUGCCAGGCCCUCAAGGCCAAGGGCCAGGUUUUCUCCUUGGUCGUCGACAAUGUGGGAUCCCCAGAGGGUCUGUACAAGGCUGCCGACGACUAUCUGUUACCGCAUGGCAAGUUUGUGCAGGUCGGCGCCCCGGUCUCACUGAAUGCCGCGAAGUCGGUCAUGACGAGGAUGCUCGUCCCCUCGUUCCUCGGCGGCGGCAAGCGCAAGUAUGAAAUCUACAACAUCAAACACGGUUCAGAGGACUUGAAACAGCUAGGCCAGUGGAUUGCUGAGAAAAGGGUCAGGGUGGUGAUUGAGGAAACGUUCGAGAUGGAAGACUUGCCCAAGGCCUUUGAAAAGUUGAAGACGGGGAAAAAUGCCGGGAAGCUGGUCAUUCACAUUGGAAAGUGA